AUGGCUAAGGGUGGAGCCAAGGACACCUUGAGAAGCUCCGUGGAGAAGGGAGAGGGGCCCCUGGGGGCGGCAGGGAGUAGAAAAGCGAGGAUACAUUUAUCAAUACUUUUUGAAAAUGAUCGUCAUUUUUCUCACCUUUCAUCUUUGGAACGGGAAAUGACUUUUCGCACUGAAAUGGUGAUUCUGGCCUUCUGGUAUCGCACAUUUGUGGGAAUAAUGAAUGUAUUUGGGAUAGAAACUAAGACCUGCUGGAAUGUCACAAGAGUCCAACCUCUAAGAGUGGGAGACCCUGCUUGCUUUUAUGUUGGUGUGAUUUUUAUUUUAAAUGGAGUAAUGAUGUCGAUGUUCUUCAUAUAUGGUGCGUGUCUGAGUGGGACUCACUUUGGAGGUCUAAUUACAGUAUUAUGCUACUUUUUCAACCAUGGAGAGGCUACUCGUGUGAUGUGGACUCCACCUCUCCGGGAAAGUUUUUCAUAUCCAUUUCUUGUGCUUCAGAUGUGCAUUUUAACUUUGAUCCUCAGGCUCUCGCACAGCAGCGGGAGGUAUUAUAUUGCGCUUUGCCUCUCCAAUGUUGCUUUCAUGCUUCCCUGGCAGUUUGCACAGUUUAUACUUUUUACGCAGAUAGCCUCAUUAUUUCCUAUGUAUGUUGUGGGGUACAUUGAGCCAAACAAAUUUAAGAAGAUCAUUUAUAUGAACAUGAUUUCAGUUCUCCUUUGUUUCGUGUUGAUGUUUGGAAAUUCAUUGUAUUUAUCUUCUUAUUAUUCUUCAUCUUUGUUAAUGACAUGGGUGAUAAUUCUAAAGAGAAAUAACAUUCAAAGAUUGGGUGUAUCUGAACUCAACUUUUGGCUAAUUCAGUGUUUCGGUUGGUUUUGUGGAACAAUCAUUUUGAAAUUCCUGACAUCUAAAAUCUUAGGCGUUUCAGAUCAUAUUCGCCUGAGUGACCUAAUAGCGGCGAGGAUCUUGAGGUUUACAGAUUUUGAUACUUUAAUUUACACCUGUGCUCCUGAAUUUGGCUUUAUGGAAAAAGCGACUCCAGUGAGAUACAUAAGGACAUUAUUGCUUCCACUUGUUAUGGUGAUUACUUAUUUCAUCUUAAAAAAGACUUUCCGUGAUGUUUUAUGUGUCUUGUGUACAAACACUUAUCAAAGGUGCAGGGCCACUCCUGCCUACCAGCUAAUUUUCCACACAUUGCAGCUGUUGGCAUUUACUGCCCUCGCCAUUUUAAUUAUGAGGCUGAAGCUGUUUCUGACUCCUCACAUGUGUGUGAUGGCUUCCCUGAUAUGCUCGCGGCGGCUCUUUGGCUGGCUUUUUUACAGAGUUCGCUUUGAGAAUGUCGUCUUUGGCCUCCUCACCGUCAUGUCGAUCCAAGGCUUUGUCAACCUGCGCGGCCAGUGGAGCAUCCUGGGAGAAUUUAACAACCUGCCUCAGGAGGAGCUGAUCGAGUGGAUCAAAUCCAGCACCAGAGCAGAUGCCGUGUUCGCGGGCGCCAUGCCUACCAUGGCUAGUGUCAAGCUGUCCACGCUGCGCCCCAUCGUGAAUCACCCGCAUUACGAGGACGCGGACUUGAGGGCCCGGACAAAAAUAGUUUAUGGCGUAUAUAGUCGAAAAUCUGCAAAAGAAGUGAGGGAUAAGUUGUUGCAGUUACAUGUGAAUUACUACAUUCUAGAAGAGGCGUGGUGUGUUGUGAGAACUAAGCCUGGCUGCAGCAUGCUUGAGAUCUGGGAUUUGGAAGACCCUUCCAAUGCAGCGAACCCUCCGCUGUGCAGCACCUUGCUCCAGGACGCCCGGCCCUACUUCACCGUGGUGUUCCAGAACAGCAUGUACCGAGUGCUGAAGGUGGCCUGAGGCGGCGGCUGCCCGUGGCACCGUGGCCCAAAGAAGUGCAUCGACCACAAUCCCUUCGGCAUAUUUACAUGAAUAAGGUCACAAUCUUGAACAAGGGACCCUCAAGAAGAAGACAGUAAAGUGAUCUAGUGUUUCUGAUUAUUAAAGGGCAAGUUAUUUCCUUGUUUCCCAUUGAAUGUCAGCCUUGUUAAGCUUGUCAUCUCAAUAAUUUCUUUCAUACCAGGUGGACAGAUGGUCAUCUUGACAUUUAGAAAUGUGUGUG